UGUGUCCUUCAAUAGAUUAAUGCAUCAAGAUUUUGUAAUUCUUAUAAUUUGUGGACUUUUUCUGAUAAGUAAACUAGGUUAUGCAUUUUCUUCUUAGGGACUAGAAUGAGUUUUUACUCUACUUUAGUGUUUCUAUUUAUUUGAACAUUUGUUAACUUUGAUUUGAUUGAUAUCUGGGCAUGUAGUAGAGAUGCUACCACCUUUUGUCAUCGAAUCUAAAGAGGAAAGAGCUAUGGCAAGGCAUUGUUCUAAGGGCAUUGAACCAAGGAUAUCGGCUGAACAUGUUAUUCUUCUUGAUACACAGCCUGUAUUCAGUGCUUCUGUUUUAGCUGAGAUGAUGGAACCUGAUGGGUCUUCAACAAUUUCGGUGAUGAGUGGAGAAUCUUUGUCAGCUGAAUUGGCUCAAGAGAUUAUGGCUAUUCAGCUUGCUGUUUUUCUAGCAUCCACAUGUCAUAUUCUGCUGGUGGUGUCAGACGGAGUCCAUGAUGACGACUUGUGGCAUUUGAUGACAACGGCUGACUUGCUGAAGAGUGACAUUUCAGACCCAUCCUUACUGUCUUCUAGCUCAGGGCUUGUUGAGAAAGAUAGCAAAGUUCCUGAAAGGGAAUACACCGCCACUCCUGUUUUUGUACGCACAAAGCUAAGAGAUCAAGAGUUGACUCCUAAAAAUAUUUUGCUACUGAGGAAGGAGCUCAUGCAGUAUUUCAAAACAUCCUCUUUUGUUACAAAAACUACUAGAAACCAUUCUGAUGAGCAAGUUUCAUCUUCUAAUAGGGAUACAGAUUCUAACACGCUAAAUUUGUUUACGAUCCCAUGUAAAGAAAAAAAAGAAAAUCCCAGAGCUGAGAGUUACAUUUCUGCUCUAAGGAAAAUACGAGAUCAGAUUUUAUCAGUGAAGCAGUCAUCUUUCAUGAGACCCGUGUCUGAGCGUGAAUGGCUAGAAAGUUCAGCCAAGAUAUGGGACCAGGUUAGAAACUCCUCAAAGAUAUCAGAAUACUGUAGAUCACUCCAAGAUUCUGUCUUAGCUAUUAGCAUCAAGCAGAAAUUACCAUGA